CAUUUCAAGAAACGCUUUGGAGAGAGCUAAUAGGCAUAAAUAGACAAGUCUAAGUUAGGUACGCUGUGAAAAAAAAAACGUCGUGGACUCGAACUUAAUGGUAUUGAUAAGAUUAAAAUGGCCAGGAAACUGCGCUCCUACAUAAUCUUGGUAAGCUUCAUAGCAUCGGCAGUCUUCGCAAAAGACCCUGAGCCUGAACUGCCACCAUGUCCAACCAACUUCCAAUUCCUCCCUCAAACUCUGCCAAUGCACUGCAAGAUGACGAGCCCGCCAUUUCAGACCCCACCCUUACCUCCUCAACUUCCUUCUUUCAUGCCUGGCCCACCAAGUAAUCCAGGGAAUCUUGCCCCUAGCCCAGGAAAACCUAUGCCUGCUCCUUUCCCUCCACCAAUACCUAUGGGAAUGCCUCCAAUGCCCAUGGGAAUGAGUCCACAGCUACCCAUGGGUCCCAUGCCUAUGGGUUUACCUGGAAUGCCCAUGGGUAUGCCUAUGCUCGGUGGUCCUCCGCAAGCCAAACUUCCGGUCAUUGUCAUGCCAUUCUACUCUCCUGAUCCAGCUUAUAAAGAUCCUAGACAAGAUCCAAGGAAGCCUUCUGAACCCCACAAGAGGAAAGUCAAGAUUAUCAAGAAAUCACAUCAUCACCAUGAUUCUGACGCUGACUCAAGCUCGGACACUGACACAAGCUCAAGUUCUGACACUGAUUCUAGUGACUAUGACAGAAGACGUUGGACUUGGAAGAACCGCAGGUCUAUGAGAAGACGUAAGAGGAUUAGGCAUUCUAGAAAACAAGAGUACCUGACGCCUGUCCUACAAUACGUUAGCAAGGAUGGCUUCGUUAUAUUUGAAAAACCCAUUUCAAAAGGUGAAGCAAAUGAUUGGUUAGGUGAUAACAAGGGGCUUAAAGAAGAAACAGUAAAUGCAAAUGGAGCACAAGAGACUAACAAUAAAUAUGGCAGAGAUGAAGAUGAAAAGAGGCUAAAUAAAAAUGGAAUUACUAGAGAUAUAUCAAGAGAGGCAGAUCAUAAAGUAGUAAAUAAAAUCAAUCAAAGACGCCAAAGAAAAGCCCAUCAAGAUAUUCAACAAGGCAUGAAACAUAAACAACAGUAAUAGGUACACAUAUAAUAAUAUGUAAAUGUACAGUAUUUAUGAAUAUUUUUGUACUUUUAUAUCUGUAAAUAAAAUAUUAUAUUUUCAGGAA